UCAACAUUUCUAGCUUCGUUAGCUUGAACCUGUAUGGACAAUGGCAUAGGAUUCCCAGACAACUUUAAAUGAACUUCCAUAGAUUCAAACUGAGCAAUGAUUAAUUAUGAAGUGAAUCAGUAUAUAAUGUUCUUCAUGCUUAUUAAGCCCCCACUUCCUAUCUUCCCUGUUCAGUAGUAACUCCAACCCUGCGUAUUCUUGUGCCCAAAAUGAAGAUAGAGCAGAUUCUAGCAUAUGCUCUCCUUGCAUUCCUCAUAGCUUCUGAUCAGUGUCAUUACUCUGCAGGAAUCGUGGUUCAAGCUGCAAAAUCAGUUGAUCCCAGGCUAAAAAAUGCAGAACCAAAAUUGAGGUCCACCAGAUAUAAACUAGCUUCUUGGAAAUCCAGAACCAAGUUCAAAGACACUAUUCACAAGGCUCCAUCAGGCCCCAGCCCCAUCGGAAAUCGGCACAGAUCUUCUAUCCAUGUCUGAGAUUGGAGAGAAAGCCUUUUCUUGCUCAAUCAAUAAAAGAGAUGGUGCCAUUUGUAGGUCAAAUGUUUUAGAUAUGAAACAUCUCCACUGCAAACUUGCAGAAGAAUCUAUUUUCUUCUAGAAAUUGAUAAUGAUAUUGUUAGGUUUUGAGAUAUGAAUACU